AUGGCGGAGAGAAUUACUGCAGUUGAGGAACACUUGGGACGUGUGGAAACUAGUAUUGAGGAUUUGCGUACUUUCAUUGUUGCGGAGAUUCAACGGGCGAUGGUGAAUCGUGAAUCACCUCAGUCAAGCGGUACAACGGUUACCUCACCGUUGGAUGAGUUUCGUUUGUCUGCAAAGAAGGUGGAGUUGCCAGCAUUUACCGGUGACGAUCCGGUGGCGUGGAUCGCUCGUGCUGAGACAUACUUUGAAGUACAACGAAUCUCUCAGGAUGUUCGUAUUCAGUUGACAAAGUUAAGUAUGGAAGGCCCUACUAUCCAUUGGUUUAACCUAUGGCGUGAUUCAACAGAGGAAUUGUCAUGGGAGAACCUCUGUGAAGCAAUGAUGGCGAGCUUUGGAGGAAGGCGUUUGGAGAACCCCUUCGAAGAACUCAAGGAAUUGAAGCAAUCUGAGACGGUGGAGGAUUACAUCGCCGAAUUUGAAUUGUGUUCAUCUCAGUGUGGAAGGUUACCAAAACAACAAUUUCUGGGCUAUUUUAUUGGUGGUUUAUGUCACGACAUCCGUUCUCGGGUAAGAACAUUCAAGUCGCACAACCGGUAUGUGGCGAUGCAAUUGGCACGUGAUGUGGAACGUGAAUUUGCUGAAAAUUCAGGCCAUGGAUCUGGUUCACGUUAUAAACCGGGUCAUGGAUAUUGGACAAAAUCUCAAAAACCUAAUUGGGCUUUUCGCGAAGGGGAAGGAAAGGGAUCUGCAAUUCAGACCCAGACUAAUAACUAUUUGGGCAAAACGCGUACUGGUUCGGGUUCGGAAUCUCAAACCGGGUCAACACGCCCUACUAAUUCUACAGCAUCUUCUCGCCCAAAUUUAGGUGACAAUUUGUGUCGUCAUUCUCAUGGUGUCCGCCAUCUACCAAGUGCAGAGGUUAAUGAGCGUCGUGCGAAAGGACUCUGUUUUCGUUGCAACGAACGAUGGGAUCCUCUCCAUCAAUGUGCAACAAAACAGUUACGAUUGAUUAUCUUGGGGGAUGAUGAAAUUGUCAACAAUGAAGGAGAGAUUGUCGUGUUAGAGGCUGAGUCGGAAGAAGAGCUCACACAAGAGGAAUUAGAAUGUAAAACUAUGGGACUGUAUGGUGUAUCCACUAAUCUAAACCAGGUCCGGACGAUGAAAUUGGAGGGAUGUUUACAAGGUGCAUCUAUUCUGGUUCUUAUUGACAGUGGAGCCACACAUAAUUUCAUAUCCCCUAAGGUGGUGGAAACCCUCGGAUUGCCUAUGGUGCCUUCUAAUCCCUUGGGUGUUAAGUUAGGAGAUGGUCAUCGUGUCCUAACUAGGGGUAGAUGCAAUGGAAUUCAGCUGAACAUGGGAGCGGUGCAGAUUUGUUUUAAUGCUUAUGUACUGGAGUUAGGAGAUGUGGAUUUGAUUUUGGGAGUUGUGUGGUUGGAAACUUUGGGGAAGGUGACCAUGGAUUGGAAAGAAAUGUCUAUGGUGUUCAACCAUAAGGGCAAUAUGGUGAAAUUACUUGGUCAAGCUGUAGAUGAUACGAUGGCUACAUUCCAAAGCAUUAUCACUCCUUCUCGAAUGAUAGCAGGCUGUGAAUGGCCUACCUUGAUGGAGGUGCUAGGAUCACCGGUGUCACGUGUCUCUGAUCAUCAGACUAAGAAGUUGGGAGGAUUGUUGGAUCAUUUUGUUAUUGUGUUUAAAGAAAUUCAGGGUCUUCCUCCGCCAAGAAACACUAGCCAUUCAAUUGAACUUUUACAUGGUGCUGGUCCGGUAAGUGUGCGGCCCUAUAGAUAUCCUCAUUUACACAAGGAUGAAAUUGAAAAACAAAUUCAAAGCCUAAUGCAACAAGGUGUGGUGAGAAACAGCACCAGCGCUUUCUCUAGUCCCGUCAUUUUGGUCAAGAAGAAGGAUCAAUCUUGGCGGAUGUGUGUAGAUUAUCGGGCACUCAACAAGGUAACAAUUCAAGACAAGUACCCUAUUCCUGUUGUAGAUGAAUUGUUAGAUGAGUUACAUGGUUGUAGUUAUUUCUCUAAGCUCGAUCUUAAAUCUGGUUAUCAUCAAAUCUAUAUGAAGGAAGAGGAUAUUCAUAAAACGGCUUUUCGGACUCAUGAGGGUCACUAUGAGUUUUUGGUAAUGACGUUUGGCCUCACCAAUGCUCCCGCAACCUUUCAAUCGGUGAUGAAUGCAAUUUUCAAGCCCUUUCUAAGGAAGUUUGUCCUGCAUCAGUUUGUGGCAAACCGGAAGAAAUGUACCUUCGGUCAGCACCAAGUGGAAUAUUUGGGCCAUGUCAUUUCCAAAGCAGGGGUUGUUGUUGAUCCUGCCAAGGUUAGCAGUGUGUUACAAUGGCCGAUUCCUAAGAAUGUUAAAGGAGUGCGAGGGUUUUUGGGGUUAACUGGUUAUUAUAGAAAGUUUAUAGCCAACUAUGGAAAAAUUGCUAAACCCUUGACAGAAUUGACAAAGAAGGAUGGUUUUAGCUGGAAUGCGGCAGCGGCUGAAGCUUUUGAGAAAUUAAAAGUAGUUGUUACAACUACCCCAGUUUUAGCCCUGCCUAAUUUCAAGGUUCCAUUUGAAAUUGAAUGUGAUGCCUCAGGAAAAGGAGUUGGUGCAAUGUUGUUGCAAUCAAAACAUCCCAUUGCAUAUUUUAGCAAGGCUUUUGCAUCAUCGAGGUUAUCUAAAUCUGCCUAUGAUAAGGAGUUAAUGGCUUUAGUGUUAGCUAUUCAGCACUGGAGACAUUAUUUGUUAGGAAGGAGGUUUGUGGUUUAUUCUGAUCAAAAGAGCCUAAAACACUUGUUGCAACAACGUAUUACUACGAUAAAUCAGCAAGAAUGGAUGGCUAAGUUGUUGGGUUUUGACUUUGGGGUGGUGUACAAGGUGGGAGUGGAAAAUAACGAGGAUGCAGAGUUGCAAACUAUUAAAUCCUACCCUAUUUGGCAGCAGAGCAGCCAACUGCAACAAGAAGUAUCAAAUGAUCCUUUGCUUAAAAAUAUUGUGGAGGCUAUUCAAAAGGAUCCUAAUGCUAAACCUGGUUUUGCUUUAAAAGGCGGCAUAUUAUUCUACAAAAAUAGGUUAGUAAUACCUGCUAGCUCACCACUUACUAAGGAGUUACUCAAAGAUUUUCAUUCGUCUCCGAGUGGGGGUCACUCCGGCUACCUACGCACUUAUAGGAGAAUGGCAGGAAUUUUAUAUUGGCAAGGGAUGGAUGUUGGAGAUGCUACCUGGGAAGAGGAACUGUUAUUGAAGAGUCAAUUCCCUGAUUUGCGCCUUGAGGACAAGGCUAAUGUUGUAAGUGGGGAUGAUGAUAGGAAUGAAUCGGAACCCACAAGUGAUGAUGGGGAUGUGUUGGUUAACAAAGAUAAUUUUGGGCCUAAACAGUGGAGGGUAUAUGUGAGAAAGAAUAAGAAAGGCCCAGUUAAUUAG